AAUUUUACUAAAAAGCGAAAAUCAAUAUAAUUAUAUUAAAAUUGUUGUGCUGCUUGUAUUUUUUUUUUAAAUUCAAGAAAGUUCAUUUACCCUAAUUUUUUUGUUCCCAACUUUUUUGAAUUCAUUUAGGUGAAAGAUAUUUAGCACUUUUAAAAAGUAGAAAAAAUAUUCUAAAGGCCUAAAAUAAAAAAUUAACCAAACAUAAAGGAGGUAAAGUGUAAUUUAUCUAAUAUUUUAAUCUAAAGAUAAAAUUUGCUGUAACUUUUCGUAUACAAUUUAGGUAUCCACCGGAUUAGAACUCCAAAACCUACUACACCAGUAUGUAAUUUUGAGAAUUGAAUUUUUUUAGUAAUUUUUAAUUUUUUAUUAAAAAAAUGUGUAAAAAUAUAUAUAUAUAAAAAAUUGAUUUUUUUAUAAUAAUUUUUUAAUUUUUUGACCGAACGAAUAAAUUGUCAAAAUAGGCUUAAUCUUAUUUAUUACUUUUUUGUGGAUACAUUAAAAGUAUAAAAAUAAAUAAGCCCGAGUCUCCGAGCCCCCAUAGUGAUAGUUAUUCUAAAAUUUUAUUUAAAAACGGGCAUAGUGUGAGCUCCACUUAUUAUUAUUUUACAUUUUUAUUAUUGAUUUUUUAAAUAUUAAGCAGAGCCCACGAGCUGAUGUUAUUGUCUUUCAAUUUUUAAUUUUUUUUUUUUAUCUUUAUCAAAAAUAAAUAUAAGCAUUUUUGUUGAUUCUAAUAAACAAAAUAAAAUAAAGAGUCGAGCUUGACUUUGCAUACAACACAAUCACUUGUUGUGAAACACUAACUAUAAAUUCCAUACUAUUCGUAGCAUAUAUUCAUUCAAAUGUAUUAUGCACACAACUUCUUUGCUGCAUUGUAAUCAUAUAUAUGAAGGAACACAUGAGAGGUCCUGUAGUUGGUUUGCUAUGGUGGAUUCUUGCCAUAGCAAGUCUCGAUUUUAGUUUCUGCAAUGGAAACUCCACCGUGUCUUGCAUUGCAAAGGAGAGACAAGCCCUUUUGCGGUUCAAGGACGAUCUUACUGAUCCUUCAAGCUGGCUUUCCUCUUGGUCUAGCAAUGACGACUGUUGUUCAUGGGAUGGAGUUGUUUGUGACAAUUUUAGUGGCCAUGUCCGUGAGCUCCAUCUUCAAGGUUCAUGCACAGACUACUCAGGUUUUAUGUGCAAUGAUUACAUACCCAAGUUGGGUGGUAAGUUAAAUCCUUCUUUGCUCAAUUUGAAAGAUUUGAAUUACUUGAACUUGAGCUACAACGAUUUUGGAGGGAUAGAAAUCCCCAAUUUCAUUGGUUCUUUAAGGAGUCUAGAAUAUCUUGACCUCUCUAAAGCUGGCUUUAGUGGAGUAAUUCCUCAAACACUUGGGAAUCUCACAAGUUUGCACUAUCUUGAUCUUCAACAUUGUUCUAGUAGUAUUUUGAGUCUAGAAAAUUUUCAAUGGAUUUCUGGUCUUCUCUUGCUCCAACACCUCGAUUUAAGUUGUGUGGAUCUUAGCCAAUCCUCUAAUUGGCUGCAAAUGACUAGUAUGCUUCCUUCUUUGGUAGAAUUACACUUGCGUUACUGCCAACUUGAUCUUUCUUUUUCUCUUCUUGGCCUUAACUUUACUUCUCUUGCCGUCCUCGAUCUCUCCGGAAACUACUUCAAACCUUUGAUGCCAAAUUGGUUGUUUGGUCUUACUGGCCUUGAUUCUCUGGUUCUACCAGAAUGUGGUUUUAGUGGUCCAAUUCCUAAUGGACUUCAAAACAUGACUAGCCUUCGAGAUCUCGAUCUCUCAUGGAACCGUUUCAAUUCCACCAUACCCAUUUGGUUGUAUAAUUUCAAAGGUCUCAAAUCACUCAACCUUGGUGGAAAUGAUUUACAAGGCCCAAUCACAGAUGACAUUGGAAAUAUGACUUCUAUUAUUCACAUUGAUUUGUCAUACAAUGAAAUUGAAGGAAGAAUACCAAGAUCUAUGGGAGGUCUUUGCAGCACAAAAUUUAUUGAUUUUUCAUAUAACAAAUUUGGUGACAUAUCAGAUGUUUUCAGAAGUUUGACUGGAUGCAUUUCAGAUAAUUUGGAGACGCUAAGGUUACGUGAAUGUCAACUUUCUGGUUCUUUCAGUGAUAAUCUCGGGCAAUUUAAAAAUUUGCAGAAACUAGAUCUUUCAGUUAAUUCAAUUGUUGGUCCACUUCCAUGGUCAAUAGGAAGACUAUCAUCGUUAAAAUCAUUAUAUUUGAAUGAUAAUCGAUUGAAUGGAACAAUUCCUGAAAGUCUUGGUAAUCUCACGAAGUUAGAAGAACUAUAUAUUAGUUACAAUUUUUUGGAAGGGAUUAUGUCAGAAACUCAUUUUGCCAACCUCAAAAAUUUGAAAAUUUUAGAUGCUUCUAGCAAUUUAUUGAUUUUUAAAGUAAGCCCUAACUGGAUUCCUCCAUUCCAACUUGAUGAAAUUAGUUUAAGGUCAUGUCAUUUGGAUCCACGUUUUCCUAAUUGGCUUCAAUUACAAAAGAAACUUUCAUAUUUGGAUUUUUCAUCCACUGGAAUUUCAGGUAAUAUUCCUACUUGGUUUUGGAACUUAUCUUCUGGAAUUCAUUAUUUAAAUCUCUCUCACAACCAAAUCCAUGGUGAGAUUCCAUAUAUUCCAAAACAUGAUGACCAUUCACACCCAGUAAUGUACUUAAGUUCCAACCAAUUUAGCGGUCCAUUGCCUACUAUCUCUCCUCAUCUAGUUGAGCUUGAUCUUUCCAACAAUUCAUUUUCAGGAGAUAUGACUCACUUCUUGUGCGGCAAAUCGAAUGAAACAAUUGAAUUGAGGAUUCUUAUCCUUCGAGAAAAUCUUUUAUCAGGAGAAAUUCCUGAUUGUUGGAUGAAUUGGCAAUCAAUAGAAGUCAUCAAUCUUAGAAACAACAAUUUGAAGGGGAGUAUUCCAAGUUCCAUAAGCUUCUUAAGUCACCUAAUUUCAUUGCAAGUACGCAACAAUAGUCUGUCAGGUGAAUUUCCUCCAUCACUACAAAAUUGUACGCAGUUACUAACAAUAGACCUUGGUAUGAAUAAGUUUGUUGGAAGCAUACCAGCAUGGAUUGGAAAAAGUCUUCUUGACUUGAAGUUUCUUAUCCUUCGUUCAAACAGGUUUAUUGGCGAAAUUUCUUCCAAACUCUGUCACCUAACCUCUCUUCAAAUCUUAGACCUGGCAGACAAUAAAUUGAUCGGAACCAUACCUUGGUGUGUCAACAAGUUCACUGCCAUGACCACUAUACAAAACUCAAGUGAUUGGAUUGAUUAUUCUUAUUAUUAUGGGCAGAUCCUAGAGAAUGAAUUUGUGGUGACAAAAGGAAAUGAGUAUCAGUAUAGCACUAUUCUCCCACUUUUAACUAGUUUGGACCUUUCAAGCAACAAUUUAUCCGGAGAGAUUCCUGAGGAACUAACAAGUUUGUUGGGCUUGAGAUUAGUGAAUCUAUCUCGAAAUCACUUGACAGGAAUGAUCCCCAAGAAGAUCGGGUACAUGAAGUCAUUGGAUUCUAUUGAUCUCUCAAGAAACCAACUCUCAGGGAAAAUCCCUUCGAGCAUGUCAAAUUUGAAUUUUCUAGGUUAUCUUGAUAUAUCUUAUAAUAACUUGUCAGGUAAAAUUCCAACAAGCACCCAACUCCAGAGCUUUAAUGUUUCUAGGUUUGUCGGCAACAAACUCUGUGGACCUCCACUCACACAGAAAUGUAGUGCGGAUAACGAACCAGUCAACAAUGGAGGAAACAAGGUAGACAAAAGAGAAAAACCUGAAGUGGAUUGGUUUUAUCUAUGCAUGGCAUUAGGAUUUGUAAUGGGUUUUUGGGGUGUCUGUGUUCCUUUGUUGCUCUUCAAGUCAUCGAGGUAUACCUAUUUUCAGUUUGUAGAUACAAUGUGGGAUAAACUUUGUGUUGUGUGUGGAUGUUGGUAA